AUGGCAGGACUCAUCGAAACGCAGCUUCUCAUAAACAACAAGCUUGUGCCGGCAAGCGACAACGCAACAUUUGAUUUGUUUUCGCCACAUACUGGAGAGCUUGUAGCAAAAGUCGCGGAGGCAACCGUCUCAGACGUAGAUGCUGCAGUGGACGCUGCUCAGGCCGCCUUUCCAGCAUGGAGUGCUCUCUCGCCACAACAACGCGGUGUGCCGCUAAAGAAAAUGGGCGAACUUGUCAUUUCAGAAAGAGAUGAACUGGCCCAACUCGACGCAAUUGCAAUGGGCCGACCAGUCAGCACAUACAUCGAUUCGAACUAUGCAGCAACACACUUCAAUUAUUUUGCUGAAGCUGCAUACCCUCAAGGCCACACUAGCUUGAACACUCCAGGAUUCAUUAAUAUGAGCUUAAGGCAGCCGUUCGGCGUUGUAGCUAUCGUCAUUCCUUGGAACGCACCAUUGAUAUUCUUCUCGAAAAAGGUUGCGCCAGCUGUAGCCGCGGGUAACUGCGUUGUGGUAAAGACCAGCGAAAAGGCGCCUUUGACACCGUGGAAAGUCUCGCAGUGGAUAGAAAAGUGCGGCUUCCCACCAGGUGUUAUCAAUGUCCUCUCUGGUCACGGACCUGUGUCUGGUCAGGCGUUAGCAGAGCACAUGAAAGUUCGGGCACUAUCGUUCACUGGCUCAACACGGACCGGACGUGCUAUUCAGAUCGCAUCCGCCAAGUCGAACUUGAAGAAGGUCGUUUUUGAACUCGGAGGAAAGUCGCCGGCCAUCAUCUUUGACGACGCGGAUAUUGAGCUAGCAGCGAAAGAGACUGAGAACAGUAUCAAUUGGAACUCUGGCCAAACAUGCAUGGCGAACAGCAGAAUAUACGUCCAAGACAGCAUCAGAGACAAGUUUGUCGAAGUCUUUACUCAACACGCCAAAAACAGGAAACUGGGCGACCCUACCAGCACAGACACAAACCAUGGGCCCCAGGCCGAUAAGACACAGCACGAAACUGUACAAAAGUACAUCGCUGUCGGCAAAGAAGAAGCGAAGACAACCAUAGAUACCAAUUCUUCGUACUCAACUCCAGACUCGAAAUCUCUUCUCGUGCACCCUGUCAUCUUCACCGAUGUAUCCGAGCAAUCACGCAUAGCCAAGGAAGAAAUCUUCGGCCCAGUCGUAAUGAUCAAUUCCUUCAAGACCGAGGAGGAAGCCAUUGCCAAAGCCAACGACACCGAGUUCGGGCUGUACGCGGCGUUGUACACCAAGGACCUUGAGCGGGCCAUGCGCGUGGGCAAGAAGCUGGAGAGCGGCAUGGUGGGAAUUAAUUGCACGAGUCCGACGGGAUGCUGGGAUUUGCCGUUUGGAGGGUGGAAGGGGAGUGGGACGGGGAGGGAGAGUGUGUUGGAGAGCAUGGAGCAUUAUCUUGAGCAUAAGAGUAUGUAUGUUAGGGUUAAUGGGAUUGGAGGAUAG